CGGGUCUGUUCGCACGGAACAGCUUCGCCUUAACAUCCUACACCCGACAGGAACUUUUGGAUCUUAGAUUACACCUCCCUGACGAUUUUAUCACCAAUCUUCGACUCAUUCCUGAGAUCGCCAGAACACCCGAGGCUACGCACUCUACCCGGCCGGGCGGAAGUGCUCGCAGGCGGCGUCGAGACCGUAAACAAAGGCGGGGGAAGCGCGGAGGGAUAAAAGCUAAGCUAAAGCUAACACCGCAUCGACUCCCGUUACCCAGCAUUUUCCUCGCAAAUGUGCGGUCUUUGGUGAACAAAAUGGACGAGCUACGACUUCGCAUCAUCCACAGCAAAAGACUUAUGGACUGUAAUGUCAUUUUCUUCACGGAAACUUGGCUAAACAACAGAGUACCGGACGAUGCUAUCAAGCUAGCCGGUCGGCACACACUCCGGGCAGACAGGACAGCAGCUGACUCCGGUAAGACCAGGGGAGGAGGGCUGUGCAUUUAUAUCAAUAAAGCUUGGUGCACAGACUCUGUCAUUGUAGGGAGACACUGCUCAGCUAACCUUGAGUUUCUCAUGGUUAAAUGCAGACCUUUCUAUCAGCCAAGGGAGCUUAGCUCCACUAUUGUAACUGCAGUCUACAUCCCCCCGGAUGCCGAUGCAAAAGCUGCUAUGAACGAACUUUACACAGCUAUCAGCAAACAACAGACUGCUCACCCGGAGGCAGCAUUUAUAGUUGCAGGUGAUUUUAAUCACUCAAACCUAAAGACAGUGCUCCCUAAAUUUCACCAGCAUGUUUCCUACAAUACAAGAGGAAACAAAACUUUAGAUCAUGUUUACACAAACAUCGCAGGAGCCUACACCACGACCCCCCUCCCCCACCUGGGACAGUCAGACCACCUUUCUUUGUUCCUCAUCCCCAAGUACUCCCCACUCAUCCAACGUGUGAAGCCAUCAGUGACAACCAUUAAAGUGUGGCCAGCGGGGACAGACUCUUUACUUCAGGACAAGUUCCAUCAUACAGACUGGAGUAUGUUUGCUUCUCAGGCUACCUGUGGCUCUCACACAGAUAUUGACACCUACACCUCUUCUGUGCUGGACUAUAUCAACACCACCGUCGGCAGUGUUACAACAUGGAAACAGAUCACCACGUACCCAAAUCAGAAACCGUGGAUGAACAAGGAGGUGCGGCUCCUGCUGAAGGCCCGUAACAUCGCCUUCAGAUCAGGCGAUGCACUGGCCUACAGCAUAUCCAGGGCAAACCUGAGGAGGGGCAUCAUCAAGGCCAAGCACUGCUACAAGCUUAAGAGACAACAGGGAGACGCAGACCACGACCAGACCCCCUUCAGACGACCAGCCCCUCUCACUCACCUCCUCAGACGUUCAUGCUGCACUGAGCCAGAUCAACGUUCGAAAGGCUGCUGGUCCAGACGGUACCCCCGGGCGCGUGCUUAGAGGAUGUGCAGAGCAGCUCACUGGGGUCUUUACAGACAUUUUCAACCUGUCCCUCGCCCAGGCAGCUGUGCCAGCAUGCUUCAAAGCCACCUCCAUUGUCCCAGUGCCGAAACACUCCAGCCCGACGGGCCUAAACAACUACCGCCCUGUAGCUCUCACACCCAUCAUUAUGAAGUGCUUUGAGCGACUGGUCCUAGCACACCUGAAAAACUGCCUCCCACCCACACUGGACUCAUACCAGUUUGCCUACCGCAGCAAUAGGAGUACAGAGGAUGCAGUCUCCACUGUGCUGCAUUCUGUGCUCACACAUCU